CUCAGCUGGAAAGCAUCUUGGCAGAAAAGGAUAUUGGGUGAACACCAAGUUGAACAUGAGCUAACAAUGUACCCCUGUGGCCAAGAAGGUCAAUGAAUGACCCAGAGUCAAAACCUCAUUUCAGAGCCAGACUCAUUCACACAACUUUGGACUUCCUCAUAUGUACCACAUAUCUGUAUUAUUUUUCAAAGCACUUAGGAGAGUAUGAAAAUGUUCUAUCUGUCUUGGAAGACUUAAACAUAACCAUACUGAAGGCAAUGGACAAAACAAAGAAAGACUAUCAGGAAGCUUACACUUUGGAGCAGUUUGUGACUCGCUUUCUUUUGAAGGAGACACUGAACCAGCUGCAGUCCCUCCAGAGCUCCCUGGAAACCACAGAGGAGCAGACCCGGCAGGAGAGAAAAGAUCCAACAAAACCAGAAGUGCCCUCAGUUCAGUGGCCAGGAAAACACUUAGCUCGAAGUCUUCAGAGGAACAACAGCCUGUCAUCAAAUAACCCUUACUCUAACCCAGGCUGGAUUUAGGAAGACAACCAAUGGGUGAUCCAGAUAAACAGACUCCAGAAGCUAAUUGAUAGACUGGAAAAGAAGGACGUAAAGCUUGAACCACUUGAAGAGGAAGUUUUGGAAGAAAAUGCAAGAUCUCACAUAAUGAUCGUUCAGUACCAGAUGUCUGUGAUAGAAGAAAAAGUGGAGGAAUUCCGUCUUGCUCUGAAGCAAUACCUGGAAUCUGCUUCUGCUCAAGGUGGCUACUUGCAUGUUUCCAUACAGAAGUUUCCAAGUAAUUUCCACUUCAGCAAUGCCUGGAAUAGCCACCUUCAAAUAAGUUACAGUAAGACAUUCCAAAGAAGUAAAGUGGAUUUCUUGGAAGCUCCAGAGCUUAUCACAACAAUGCUAGUCUCUGCAUCGUGGUGGGUCCUCAAUAACAACUAGAAGCUGUGGUUCCAAGUAAUGUUAAUGUUGUAUUGUCUUUCAUUACACUAACAUAUUGCAGUGUACAGGUGAAAUUAUGAUGUAAUAACAUUAGUUAUUAUGGAUGGCAUCUUUUCCACUUUAUCCAUUCUAAAAUCUGGAAAACUGUGCAUUUAUUACCUUUUCUUCUUGUGACUAGUUCAGUGAAAUGAUGCAUUCUAAAAACUGAAAUAAGACAACUAUGAUAAACUAUUUAUUUCUGUGACAGUCCAGACUGUCACAGAAAAGUAUGUCUUGAAUGUAUGACUAAAUAUUUGUGAAAAAUUUUAUUAAUGCACUAAUAAACAACCAUUACUUAA